AUGGUCGAUGUGUCUGAUGUGUCUGUAGCCUACGACCGCAUCUUCAACUUCGUUGUUUUCCGCCAUCACUUGAUACACUUCUAUCUUCCGUGUCCCGAACACCGACAUGAAGGUGAUCCACAGAACCCUCCAAUGCUACAACAAGCAGUAGAGGGGCAACGUCAACUUGACCGUGAAGUUGACAGGCUUGGCCACCACAUUCUCAAAGAACUCCGAGUUGUCUUUCGUGAGAUGUCGUCACGGGCCGGGAUUUUUAAGUACUGUGUCUACACCAUGUUUGUACAGCACCCCGAAAUCUUUGUGCCGGUGUCCUACGUGUCACCUGCCAUGCCACAUCUGACAGUCUAUGCCAGUGUCUGUAAAGAAUGGAAUCGUUCGAUUUCCACAGUGGUGCAAUACCACAACAUGUUGGAUUUUCGACACCUAUGGAUGUGCUCACAAACGCGCAACCUCGUCAGCUUUUGGUCCAUGAACCAGUCACAGAUCGGUUCAGGUUCCAUGCUGACCUAA